AUUAAAUAAUCAGUGGUUAUAAGCAGUGGCAUCAAACGCCGCGUACGAUAUACACGAAUUACAUAUUUUAAGUAAAAGCAACGUUUAUACAAAAUGCCGAUCUUGAAGAUUGUUACUAACCUGCCGAAGGCUAACAUCCCGAAAGACUUUGUGGAUAAAAUUAUACCAACACUCGCUAAGUCCGUGAAUAAACCAGAAUCAAAAUUCAUAUGCGUGAUAACCAGUGAUGCAAACAUGUGUAUGUUUGGAAACUCUUCGACGCCUGGCGUUGUGGCAUCGCUGGAGUCCAUCGGGAAUCUUGGUGUUGACAAAAAUCAUCUCAUCUCUAAGGAAUUGUCUCAAUUUAUCGAGAAAGAGCUUGGAGUCCAACCUAAUAGAUUUCUCGUGACAUUCUAUGAUUUGGAAGCUCAUAACGUUGGCGUCGCCGGCACGACCGUGAAUAAUAUCGGAAAAUAACUUCGGAUGAACAUCAUUAACUAUACGUGGUCUAAAUAUCACCAAUAUUCACUUGUACCAUUGUUACACUGAAUAAAAUAUUCUGAAAACUUUGGUUACUUACUUGAUAUUGUUAACAAAACAAAGUGAGUGCAUAGUUUUGUAUUACCUACUAAGUAACAUUAAAUAACUGUUUAAUUUAAAAAAAAUAUGUCAUAGUAAGUAAUACAAAGUUAUUUAUUGUCGCUCUGUUCUGUUAACAGUAAACAAUAACCAUAGUUUUUCUUAAGCGCGAAAAAGGUCCAAGGCCAUGGUUUUGCAAUUUUUUUUUAGAGUGUAGCAGAAAAGCGAUAGGCAAAGGAAAAAAUCUCUGAGCUCACGAAUCUCUGAAUUCACGAGAUAAAUAAUAUGAAAUAAAGCUUAACGCACACAGAGAGCGGGGUUUGCGGUCAGGAGCGCGGGAUUCAUUCGCGAUUUAAUCCAAAACCCGGCACCAGCUUCUCCCGCUUUUAUGACCGUGCGUACAACAAACUUAUGUCUCAAUUCUGCGAUACCUUACGUUAAAAAAUACAAGAAAAAAUAUUGACAUUACAAAAAGCUCUUUGUCGAGUUGCUUUCCAAUAAAUGAUUUUCUGGGUACACCAAGCACUUCUUUAUCUAAAAUAAAGAUUUUUUUAAUUUA